AUGUCACUCCCAAUUAUGAGUGUGGUGCGGAUGGCGGUACAAGAACUCCCGCUGCUAUCGUUUGCGCCAACCUCGCUGGUGAGCGAUGGAUGUGUCUUUCUUCCCACUCUCUCGGACUGCUCCGCGUUUGCAGGUUGCAGCAUCACAUCCGCCACACUGCAGUGCGAUGGGACACUGCUCAUCAAAGUUGUGCCCGCAAUUCUGCGACUCAUUCCGUUAAAAGGAAUUUCAUCAUCACACGGCUACUCUUCGUUAGCCGCGGGCGGUUCGCAUAGCGAGGCAGUGGCAUUACUGAAAGGUCUCCCAACGGUUCGACUACAGGCCGUCUCGCCGGUUUUUCCACUUUUUACGCCCGGAGGUUGUGUGGAAUAUUUCUCCGCUACGAGCCAGCAGACAACUGCUGCCGUACCGGUACUGACAAAUACCAUACGGGAACAUUUGCGGCGCCUCCGUGCAUACGUUCCACAACAUUUAGAUGAACUCGUUCCGUCAGCACCCUCCAAAGUGUCCUCAUGGUUUGUUGUGUCCUACCCGGGUGCGGACGCCGUGCCAGAGCCAUGUUUGUUUGUACUUCCGGACGUACUUGUUGUCCGGACAGUAAUGUCACAGGUAGGUAGUAGGAAAAUUCCGCCUCACCACAAACGUUCCGUGGCCGUUAUGGGACAGAGCGGGGUGGCCAAAUUACUUGAGGAACUAAAGUGGUCCGGGUGUGCUGUUCGCGUCGUCGACGAUGCUAAUCAUGUUUGUGUUUUGCCUCCAACACUCACGGCGGCAUCGCAGAUGAAACAAGUAACCCAUUGA